AAUUUAUGUUUUUCUAUUAUUGAUAUUAUGAAUAGGGCUGAUCAUAAUAUAAACAAAGAUAUGACUGAUCCUGAACUGAUCGACGUGGAUGUCAUGGAUUUUUCUGAUGACCAGACGUGGCUGUACAAGGUCCCAGAUGACUCUGGUGAGAAGAUCGACAUUGUGGACUGGAGCGUCUCACUCGAUUGGCCAGUUUACGACGACGAAGAGUAUCUUAAGACAGAGAGAGACCUUUAUGCCAUGCUUGAUGAGAUCCUUAAGAGUCAAGUGCUGGCUAUGCCGGACAAGCACAAAUUUGACUCAAGAACCUACGUCAAGCCCAAGAAGAGAAUGCAACGGCCGAGUAUCAACAGUGUAAUGGAACCAUCGAAUCCUUCAAUACUACCCAGUGCCACAACGAAUCAAUCAGCGAAUAAAUACAUGACGUAUAACAAAUAUUCAUCACCACUAGGACCAAUAUUGAGACUUAAAACUUUUAAUGUUCAUGGUAAUACGGAGAACAGUAGUAUUAUAAAGGAAUACGCUAUGAAAAGGAAGAGUUUGUUGCAGGAUGAUGAUCCACAGCUGGACGACAUAGAUAUCACGCUGACGUCAGAAACAUCGGAGCGAUUAUCUGACCAACCCCCAACAAAGCCUAUCAACAUCGAUUUAUCGCAGCCGGCGCACAACUUGCACAAUACAUUCAACAAAGGUUUAACAGGUCUAAACGUUCUGACUGACCGUGGCAGCCUAAACAUGUACAACAGCGGCGAGUCGCUCAUGCGAAUGUCACCACCGAGUUUAGUGUCCUCCAUACUUAUGGAGAGCUCUGGAAACUUCAACCAGGAAUCAUUGGACGGUCGUAAAUCACUGUCUUCGCAACGAGAUUCAGGCAUACCAACUUCAGGCCGCGACAGCAUAGAUCAAAUGAUGACCAGCAUGACACUUAGCAUCUUAGACGAAAAAGACAUGAGCACCAGCUUCCUCUCGCAGACCACGUACCCCGACCACGAUAGCCUUAUGGAUUCUCUGCCGCCCAGCCUAGUCAACUCUGUUAACUCAUCAUACAUCGUUUCCACACCGCACAAACCCAGAUCGGAAAGUAUAUCCUCCGAAAACAACGUAUUCAGCUCCGCGACAUUCACCCACUUAGAGCAAUCAGAACGGUUGUUAUCAGCAAGACCCCGUUGCAACCAAUUAUACAACAGUUUCACAAAACGCGAUACAAUGAUAAUAAAUUCCGAAAGCUACACGAAAUCUAGAGAAGAGGCCUGUCAAAUCGACACAGCUAAAGUCCUAAACGAAAACACGGACAAUAAGGACAGCCCAAAACCCAGUGCUAUGACUGAAACCAUAACAUUGCACUUCUCUAAUAAUAAAUUUAAAAAUAACGACGCCGAGAAAGAAAAUGUAAACGCAUCCUUUGAAAAAUCCGACGCGUUCUACAAAGAUAUGGGUAUGCAAAAGACUGUGGACGGUGGGAAAGGCAGUUUAAACGUGACGUUAGAUAAACAAGAGCUUAAUGAGAUUAUUCAAGCUAGGCAAAAGUUAUCGUUGGCAAGGAAAGCGUUACCCACUGAACCAGAGAGACCGUUACCUAAUCAAGUUGACUUAUCUCCAGUUAAAAAUCUGUCCAAUCAAACAAUGUCCUUGCCUAGGAAAAGUAUAAACAAUGCGUCAGAAUUACUUGCGAGACGAAGAGAGUGCGCUAACGGAUUCGAUAAAACAGAAGAACCAGUUAGAGAACCACCAAAAAGAAACGCUACGUUUAAAAAGUCUUCGCCUAAAACCAGUUUAGAUACAACGGUUGUGUUCUUGAAGGAAGAUCAGAAACCGAUUAUCGACAUCAACGCGGCGACCUUAAAUCUUCUCGAUGACAGCACUAUGCAACAAAAGGAGUGGGGAUCCCAAGAACGAGCAAUGGUUGGCUCAAGUGAUAGUACAGACACCGGCACAUUUAGUUCAUCCAGUCCUCCAGAAAGUGUGCCCGACAAUCCACCUUCGCACGAUCCACGUUUGCACGUCGCCUCAACACCUCUUACAACCACACAUAAAAGUUCGAAGUCCGACCUUUUGAACCUUCACACAACCAUAUCACCCAUUUACAACAUGGUAGACGAAAAGUCUUACACGGUUACUAAAGUCCCAAGUACAAACGUAAGCGAUCCAAACACAACUGUUAUAAAUACAGCUACUUUGAUUAAGAAGUCGGCGGCCAAAAGAGAUAUAUUGGCCAAUAGAAUGAGUCCAGAGAAAAAAUUUCCCAUACCACUGGUUCGGGUGAAGUCACCGGUGAAAAUGUUGUCAACUGGCUCUUACAAUUCAAUGGCGCCGCCGACAGCAGUUAGGAAGUCGAGUUUACCCGCAUCCAAACUUAGGCAAUAUAGCUCACAUAAAGAACUUAGAUUACCUGCCAAUGCGUUAACAGCUCCGUCAGGGCUCCCGGGGCCCCAGGGGCCACGGGCUGGCGCGGGCCGCGCGAUGGUCCGCCGCUCCGUGUACGCGUCGAAUCCCGUCCUCAGCCCCACGUCGACGGCGCCAUCGUUCUGCCCGCCUGUAAACCAACCACCCCCUAUUCGGCGAGACUCAUAUACCAUCAUGCUGGAUCAGCCCACUCGGCCCACUACAGAGCCAGUACGAUCUACGUUGGCGAACCCGCCGACACUCGUCCGUCAAGGCACCGAAACGUUGCGCAGAGAUCGGCCCAAAAGCCAGCUGAUUCCGCCCAAAGAUCUCCGAGGGCCUCCGGCUCAUACUCCGACCGUCAGCGCCGGUAUCCCGAUGCUGAACCCUACGCGCAAUCAAUAUUUUCAACCUCCUGCGCAGCGACCAAACCCUUCUGUGGCAGGGCCACAACGCGUCUCAAGGCCAUCAUCUGGAUCUGUGAUGCCUAAAAAUAAUUCAGUUCCGUUAGCGAGUGAGGCACGACCGAGUUCGUGCGACCAGCCGCGCACGUCGGCUUUGCCCAGGCCUUCGCGACUGCCGGCUCCCAGGCGAACACUAAGGCCACCAUCAGUAUACUCCGUGGCGCCGACGGCCGAUGAUCACUACUGACACUUUCUCUGUUGUGCCACAUGGGGUUCGAAGCCCUGACGUAAUAAUCUCACGAUAAAUAUAUGAACUAAAUCUAGAGUAAUAUCGACUGAAAGAAACAAGGUGUCUUAAGUUUUUUACAUUACUUGUUAAUAGUGAAUUUGUGAUCAGACGGUCUGUUUUAUUUUUCAUGAAAAUUUAAAAUCAUUUGAAAUUUUCAUGCUCGUUUGGACGUGAAAUAUAUACGUUUUAAAUUCAACAGCUAAGAAGUUUUAAACAAAUGUUUACCUGUUACUAAAGUCGGAGAAAAAAAAUAGGAUUAUUCAAACUCCUAAUGUGGCCAUGUGAAAAAUUUCAUACAAAUCAGAACUAACGUUUUUUUAAAUGUGAAAUAUACGAUUUUAAUAACAAAAUUUUAAAAUCUUGUUUCAUCAAAGGGAAUUUUAAAGUUUGCAAUGCCAUAUAUAUUUUAUUACAGCCACGAACAUAGUACGAAAAUUUCGAAUGAUUGUGUGUUUCUAAACGACAACAGUGUUGGUAGACGAAGAAAAUCGUUAAAGGUUAAUAAUUUAUAUCUGUAAAGCUAUGUCCACACCAAUGUGCUUUCAUGUUCAUUUUGCUUUCCAACUUUCAAUGUCUUGUAUUAGGCGUAUGCUUUUGCAUAGCUAUUGCAUCAUUAUUUUGAUUGCCAUCAGAUGCUAUGCCCAUACCAGGGUUGUAGCGAAUAUGAGCAUCCACAUCGAUGCUAAUAUUCAUUGCUGAUGUUCGAGUCAUGACAUGAUCUAAAAUGCGCCUUGGAAUAAUUUAGAAACCUUCCAGAAACAGACUGUAAAUAAGCCGAAAAAGCAACUCGCCUGUUGUUUUUAAGAUUUCAUAAAAUUCCACAACAAUAAAGCUAGCCUGAUUGAAUGUUUCCAUGCAGUUUGAUGUCACAAAAUCAUUGAAAUAAGAUUCUGUUACAAUACCAAACAAAAUUAAAGGUUUUGCCAUGUAGAUAGAUUCGGUAAGAAUUUCCAUUUUUCACUUUUUUUUAUUUGACAAAAUCAGUAUUUGUGAUGUGUAAACAACCUGCAUCAACAACCACCCUAGUCCACACCAGUUGUAAUUCCCACAUUUUAACUUUAUCUGCCGCCAUUUUGUCUGGUAAAACGCACGGACUGUUGCACGCGAACCUGUCGAUGCCGGAUCUUUCUAGCGUAUGCGCUACUGCAUGCGCUAUGGGCACUUCACGCAUGCUUCAGAGGAAGACGUAAGAUGAUCAUGAUAUCGCACUGUUGUGGACAUAAGCUAACAAUACUAGUACCUAAAAAAGUUUCAAGACUCGACCAAUAAAACUAAUCGAGCUAAGUACUUUAGUAAGUCCUUAUUAUCUUAUUUAUUAUUAUCGUUCCGAGACAAUAAUUUAAUUUAAGACAUAUUUGUUUCAAAGUUUUUUUAACAUUUUUUUAACAUCGUUUUUGUGGUAUCCUCACAUCAUGAUCAAUUUGACAUUCGUUAUCGCUGCUUUUGAAUUUAAUAAAGUUUAUUAUUUAUUUCAAUUCAGUUGACAUACAAAGUUUUACUUGAGAAAAUUUUGCUAAUGUCGUUAGUUAGAGGCAAAGAAUACAAUUUUUCUUCGCUGAAAAAGAUGACUGUUUCAGACCUCUAUUAAAUUAAAGCUCUCUGUCACUAUUCUCAAGAAGAUAAAGCUCAAAAUUAAAAGUUUCUACCUUUAUCACGAUUUGGUACAAAGAGAAACAAAUUAAGAUAUUCCUAUAUCGUUUACAAAUUUAGUACGUAUUUUACGAAAGACUUCGGGGUUAGUAAUUUAUUUCAGAUUAAGACGUUUUUGCAUUUUUGUUUAGAGAUUCUAAUCAUUUAGGGACGUGUAAUUUAAUCGUAUUUGCUUUAGAUGUAAAAUUUACUAUAUAUCAAUAAAUAUUCUCAUAGAUAUACUAAUUUGUAAUAUACUAAAAAAUAAUAAAUGUAUACGCACAGAGCACG